AUGUCGACCAACCUCCCCGACGAGCUCCUCGCCCUCAUCUUCGACCACCUCGCCGCCGACCGUGCGCACCUCGACACCCGCCGCGGCACAAAGCAGGGUCUCGCGAGCGCGUGCCUCGCCUCGCGGCGCCUGCGCCGCCUCGCCCAGCCGGUCCUGUGGCGCCAGGUCGAGGUCCGCUCGGCGGCCCAGGUCGACCGCGUGCGCAGGUGCGCAGCCCUGUCGGGCCUCGGCGGGUGCGUCGUCGUGUACAGGGUCCUUCCGGCUCGACAGAGCGCGCCGCCGUUCCCUGUCAACAAGGCGCUUGCGGCGUCGGCCUUCCUCAAGAACGUCGAGGAGGUGGACCUCAGCUCGAGCCAAGACGAGACGCUCCACCUCGGCGGUCUCGUGCCCUUCUCCAAGCUGCGCCGACUGUCGCUUGCCCUCUUCAAGGUCUCGCGCUCGCCCUCGGUCGCAUUCGCCACGCUCGAGCACCUCCGCCUCGAGGACUGCGGUCUUCCCGGGUCGCCUGCCCAGCCGUGGCUGCGGCACGCCAACUUUCCCGCGCUCCGCGUCGUCGACCUGGUCGACUUUACGGGCGAUCGCCUUUCGAUUCGGCCCACGCUCGACGACCUGUUCGGCGGCGACAUGCUCGGGCAACUCGACUACGUCUACGUGCAGGCGGCGCCUGUCGGCCCGGCCGCCGACACGGACCUGACGCGCCGCGCCCCGCCCAUUUUCCUCCACCUCUGGGACGCCGAGUCCCACGUCGUUCCUGCCUUCGCCCUCUUCCUCGUCCUCGACCUGUCGUCCCCCAAGAAGAUGCUCGACGCAGCUGCAGCAUGGCUCGCGAGGCCGACCGCCGCCUUCGCCGUCCCGACGCCGACCCUCGUCCUCUCGACUCAAGUCCGCGCCUUCGCGAGCACGCGCCCCGCCGUCGCCAGCGCCCUCGCACGCUUCGAGACGCAGUGCGUCGCCAGGGGCGUCCGCCUCGUCUGGGUCGAGGAGCGUGGCUCGCUCGCCGAGCUGUUCGUGCUCCCCGAGGUGCAGCAGCUCUCGCGCGAGCUCAGGGCGGCGGCGCGCGUGCAGGCGUAG